UUUGCCCAGCGAACGAUGUCAACAACCGCCGACAUCGACAAACUGCUUACGGAUCUGGACACUCCUCGUAAACCGCUGUCGCUUUCGGGAAAGAUUCUCAUAGGAAUUACUGGUGGAGUUGCAGUGGGACUUUCGAUCGUUUGCUAUCCGUUCGUGGCACCGGCCCUCCGAAAGCAUUGCCUGCCGUACGUUCCGGCCACGACGAAACAGAUAACCAAUGUACUACGAUACGUGACGCCUUCGGCGACCGGCAGCCGACUGCUGGAUAUUGGCUCCGGUGACGGUCGAAUUGUUAUUGCUGUAGCGCGUUCGGAACCUACGAUCCGGGCUGAUGGCGUGGAGCUGAAUCCGUGGCUUGUAUACUACUCACGGCUGGCCGCACUGAGGAAUGGCGUUCUUGGCCGGACACGCUUCUUCCGUAAAGAUCUUUGGAAGUUCAGUCUCGCCCCGUACGAUCACAUUGUGAUCUUUGGCGUAGAACAAAUGAUGGAAGACCUCGAAAAGAAAAUUGAGCAAGAAGUGUUGCCCGGUACGACGAUUGUGGCGUGUCGGUUCCCGUUUCCCACGAUGCCUGUCCAAGAACGGAUAGAAGAAGGUGUCGAUUCCGUGUGGGUUUAUCGGCCGAAAGGAAGCAUAAUUGUACCGGCUUGACCUAGACUGGUGUGCGGGUUAGUGCAUUGUUUCACAUAGUUUGCAAAUAAUAGUCCAGACUUUUGAAAUAUAACUUUGUUAGCUUAAAACAGAUAUAUUUGUUAUAUCGUAACAGUAGCAAAACGU